AUGGCAAAAGUAGCUACAGAUUUUAUGAAAUACCAUAACUGGACCUCUGAAACUCUAUCAUCUGAACUAGCUAAAUAUACAGAGAAAAUUAACAAAAGUUUGAAGGAUGAUUACAAGGAUGGAUUGGCGGUAGUUAUUAGGAUUCCUUUAUCAUUAUUGUUUGAGAUUAAUGUGAUGUCGUCUAUAUAUGCUAUAUUUGAGAUUUCUAAAGAUUGUGUGAUUGUAUCAGGAGAAUGGAGGUUAGGAUGCCAACUGUGA